GGGUCUGCUGGCAGAGCCCCCCCAACCCCCUGCUCUGUGAUCACCGCCCCCCACCUGGCCCCAGCUUCCCAGCAAUUAAAACAAAAAACAAAAACCCCCGCAACUCACCGGCUGCAGGAGUGGUGAUUGGGGCCUCUGGACACUCGCAAAGCCUCCCUGCGCAGUGGGGGCAGCAGGGAUUCCCCUUCUCCCCCCUCCCCACCCCCCCCCGCACCCACAUAGCAGGUGCCCUUUGGUGGCGCCGUAUGCUUUCUGGAAGCUGGGGUGGUUCUCUGUGUCAGCCAGAGCCCGGCGGCACUCACCCCAGUGGCCCUAGCUCCCAGGCAGUGCAUGGCACCCUGCCGAGCCACACUGCACCUGUGCCAUGCAGGUGCUAGACAGAGGGGGACAAUCCCCGCUGUCUCCCACUGCCCCGCGCUAUGCAGGGGGGGAUCUGCCAUGAGUGCCCAGAGUCCCCAACAGCUGCUCCUGCAUCUGGUGAGUGCCAGGCUUUUUUUUUUUUUUAAGUGCUGGGACUUGGCUGGAGCUGGUUGGAAGAUGGGGCCAGGCAGAGCAGCCAUGGGGGCUUCUCCUGUGGCUCCCCCUACGUGGGGAGAGGCAGGCACAGCCGGAGGAGUCGCCCAAUCCGAGUCUCCAGAUCAGUGCCGAAUCUUCCGAAGCUGAUUCGGCCAAAUCGAUUCAGGACAGUGAUCUGAAUCUCUGAAUUGAAUCACUGUCCUCCAAAUCGGCUGAAUCUGAAUCAAAUACUUCCAUAUUGGUACAGGCCUAGUUGCCACCACUCCAGGAUCCAUGCCACAUUAGGGUUCCAGACCUAUUGAAGCAGUUGUUGGAUCAAGUAUGCCGAAAGACAGGGAAGGGGAGGGUGGUCUAUGGGCCCAGUCCAGCUUGUGGACUAGCCCCCUGGAACUCGUCUGGCCUUUGGGGCUGAAUGAGUGUGACACUAAUGGAUUAGAAGUUACAUCAGUUUCCUUGACCUAGUGUCCUCCUUGUCUAUCUCUUUUUGUGCAGGCAUGGCUUCAGCUUUACCCCUUCCACCAGGCAGCAAGGUUACUAAAUAGGUUAGCACUGUAGUACCGGAUCCAUUUGUGGAUCCCAAGUGAUUUAGAAGCCCAGGUCAAGAAUCCAUGGAAAAUGUGAUCCUAAAUUACAUAGAUGCAUCACAGAAUUUUCAUCAAAUUCAUAUUGGCUAUAUGGUAUUUUAUUUUCUAAAUUGCAUUUAAUACAUGAGAACAUAUUUGUGUGUUUAAAUGUUUGCAAAAUCAGGUUCUUAGACUGUCUUAGUUGUUUGGACAGCACUUACUACAUUGUGGGAGGUACCAGAAUACAAAUAAUAAAUGCUUUCUAGUGCAUCCACUCAGCUGCAUGGAAUGGAAGAGGGAACAAAAGAUAAAAACUGAUUUAUGGUGAUUCUCAAAAGGAAGAACAGCUAACACUUGUCAGCAGCAACGUGUUUAUGGCCUGGUGCUAUAUAAGCUGCUGUUUCUAUUUACAAAGGGUCAUCUGUAUAUGUGGUAUGGAAAAUGUUCCUAGGAAUUCCUACUAGAGGGAGAUGACUGCUCUUACUAGGCAUUGUUGUAAAUGAUGUUGACUGUAGCAUACACUAUUUUUCUUCCUGGUUUAGUAAUUUGUAGAACAGAGGCAAGACUAGGCCAACAGUCUUCAGAACUAUAUUUGAAGUAGGUAUGAAAGCAAAGCCCAUGAGAAAUAUAUAUAUUAUUUUAGAUGAAGACUCACCAAAAUGAUUAAAUAUGAUUUGUCAAUAACUGAACAGCUCACUGAUCAUGACAAAUAAUUAGAAACAGCAUAGGAAAAUUUCAGAAUUUAUUUCAUAAUCCCACAUCACAGUAACCAAGCAUAAUGUUUCUCAUGGAGUCUCAGUUGUGCCUAGUGAGAAGGUAGUGUUUCAGUUCAGUCUGCAAUAGUGUUGCCAUGUGUAUCUGAUACAGUCUUGCUCCCUUUUGGUUUAAAUUAGGAUUUAUUUGGGUCUAAUCUCUAGAAAUCUCAUGCUUUUUUCAGUUUGAUGUCUCUUCGUUAGGUAUGCUAAACAUUAAAGAUUUGUAAAUUUUGAUACUCCAAAAAUGAUUUACACUGUAAUAAAAAUAGAGAUUAUUAUUAGUUUUUCGAAUUAUGUUUAUUUUCCCCCUAGAAGAAAUCAUUAUAUUUGUCCUGUUAAUACUUUCAAUCAGCUAUCAGCUUUUUUGUUGGGGGAAAUAUUUCUAGGUAACUUUGUACUGUAGCCUUUGAUAUCAGCUUCUGAAUUCUGAAUCCAUACAGAAAAAGAAUACUGUAUUAUUGUAUUGUGGUGGGGGGAGGAUUUGUUAAAUGCUAUACUUUCCGUGUGUGUAUGUUUACUGUGUUGAUUUCAGAUUGUGGAUUAACUGGUUACUACAGAGGCAAACUAACCUCUCCAAAAGUUAUAAACCUUAAGCACAUUAGAGCUAUUCUAGUGCCACAUCCAGUACUGUGGAGAUUCCCCCAGCAGCGAAGUAGGUAUCAUUCAGCUGCAUAAAAGGGGGUUGGUUUGGCUGAAAAGGCCUGUUGAGUAAGAGAUCUCACUCUCAAUCUGAAAAGCUAGAUUCUAGCUUUCAAGGAUUUCCCUGGGUAGUCCUGCACAGUAUGGCAGAGCAGAAUCUGGAGAUCUGUUGCCAUAUGGAUAGGAACAGACACUGAAAGUGUCCCUGGACAAGUUGCGUGUGUGUUUGUCCCAGAACAGAAAUAUCCUGGGAUUGGCAUUUAUACACAUUGCCCUUCUAGUGAGCAGUUGAAUGCACUGCUGCAUUUCUGCUGUUGAUUCAGUGAUGCAUACCCAGGAUAACUGCUCAGAUGUGCUUUGUGAUGUCCUGAGAUACUCUGUUAGGACUUCUUAUCCCAAGAACCUUUUUAGGAUCUGUCCCAGGACAAGAGGCGUGGAUGUCUGAGUGAUUGUGCUUUGUCCCAAGAUUAAAAAACCCCCACAAAAACAAAAUGUUUAAUCCUGGGAUAAAUGUUAGAUCUGUUUGUAGCCUAAGAGUCCUUUUGGCCUUUUGUCAGCAGUGGAAAUUUCUGUCACCCUGAGGGUAUAUUAGCUAUUUGACUGAAGUAGUCUCUGAAGAGAGAUUCUGCAGCUGCCUAGUUGUACUGGAUGUUUGGAGCAGCAAAAGGAUUCCUUUUUGCCGUUCUGGAUAUACCUGCCUAACAUACUAUUCAACCAGAAAUGUGUAACAACUAGAUGUCUUCUGUGUCUGUCCUGAAAAAAAUGAGGGAUGUGCCAUGAACUGGUAGAAGCUGAGGAUGGGAGCGUCUGUUGGUAGAGAUGGAAACACUUACUCUGCAUUGCUUCCUUUCUCACUCAGAGCCUUGUAACUUACAGGAAGAGCAAACUUAUAAUGUUGUGACUUAGUUUUAAAUUAGUUUGAAGUUUAACUGGAGAUAAUUUUAAACAAAUUUAUCAUUACUACUUCGUAAUAUUCCUUCAGAGAUACUAGUAAUCAUUUGGUCACAGACAGUAUAUUUUCCAUUCCCUUGUAAGAGAAGAAUGACACAGCUGAAUUUCCUUGGUUAAUAGUUUUCAACCAAGAGUUGACAUGAAUUAAAAAAAAAAAAAAAAAAAAAGCAGUAGCAAGAAACUCAUGGGUGAGUCAUAGAAGUGGGUGUGUUUCUGUAGAGCAGGCUUUCAUAACCAAUCCACUAAUCAGUCACCAGCGGCCAAAGAACAGAAAACCCCAGCACAAGUCGUCUGGCAGAAAGGUACACAAUGCAGCUUCCCAGCAUGGAUUACAACUGAGCUGCUUUCUUUAGGAGUACAACAGAAGACUGCAGGUUGGCUUUAUAUAUACUGGAACACCAAGCAAGAUAAGUUAACUCAAGCCUCAUGUAAACAAUGCAUUUGAGUAUGAAUCCCAGGUAGCUUUGGAAGUGAAAGUAGUUCUGUUAUCUCUGGCUGGAAGCUAAACGUGAUGACGGCCUGGUCUAUGGUGGAGAAGUUAAAAAUGGAGAAGAGGCGCUCCAGAGAAGACAGGACUGCAGAACAGGAUACCGGUGACUGCAGUGCUGAGUCUGAGGAAUGGACAAGCUCAGAAAGCGAGCCUGAGCAACUGGGCAGGAGCAGCAGCAACACUCAGUGGAGAGAGGAGACUUCCACUAAACCACACAGGCAGCUUUGCCGCUCCCCAUGUCUUGAUCGCCCAAGUUUCUCACAGAGCAGUAUCCUACAAGACUUGAAGCUGGAAGAAAGCAAAACAAACCUGGAUAAGGAAUACCAGGCUAAAAUGGAUUUUGCUUUAAAGCUCGGGUAUGCUGGAGAUCAGAUUCAGGCUGUGUUGAGUAAAUUGGGAGCAGAUGCUCUCAUCAAUGACAUUUUGGCAGAGCUUGUGAGACUUGGCAACAAGAGCGAGUCAGAGGGUCAAGGCAGUGCUAGCAGUAGCACUGGUACUCUAGUGCCAAGGGGUCCUUGUCCAAAGGAGAUUGCAAGUCCUGAACUGUCACUUGAAGAUGAAGUGGUCGAUAACAGUGACAACUUAAGACCAAUUGUCAUUGACGGAAGUAAUGUGGCUAUGAGCCAUGGGAACAAAGAAGGAUUUUCCUGUCGAGGGAUUCAGCUAGCUGUUGACUGGUUCCUGGAGAAAGGACACAAAGAUAUCACUGUAUUUGUACCCGCGUGGAGAAAAGAGCAAUCUCGACCUGAUGCACCAAUUACAGAUCAAGAAAUUUUACGUAAAUUGGAGAAAGAAAAAAUUCUUGUCUUUACCCCAUCUCGGAGAGUUCAGGGAAGAAGGGUGGUCUGCUAUGAUGAUCGGUUCAUUGUAAAACUAGCUUAUGACUCGGAUGGUAUCAUUGUGUCCAAUGACAAUUAUCGGGACCUUCAGAAUGAGAAGCCGGAAUGGAAGAAAUUCAUAGAGGAACGGCUGCUAAUGUAUUCCUUUGUGAAUGACAAAUUUAUGCCUCCAGAUGAUCCUUUGGGACGUCAUGGUCCAAGCCUUGAAAAUUUCUUAAGAAAAAGGCCUGUUAUUCCUGAACAUAAGAAACAACCAUGUCCAUAUGGCAAAAAAUGCACCUAUGGACACAAAUGUAAAUACUACCAUCCAGAACGGGCAAAUCAGCCCCAAAGGUCAGUGGCAGAUGAGCUUCGAAUAAGUGCCAAACUGUCUGCUGUGAAAACCAUGAGUGAGGGAGCUUUGGCCAAAUGUGGCAUGGGGUCAUCCACUUCCAAAGGAGAAAUCAGUUCUGAAGUGAAACGCAUUGCACCAAAACGCCAGUCGGAUCCGAGCAUUAGAUCGGUGGCUGUGGAACCUGAGGAAAAGCUCUCAGUAGCUCGGAAGUCCGAAGCCAGCUCCGUUCCUUCUCUUGUUUCUGCAUUAAGUGUACCAACAAUUCCUCCGUCAAAAAGCCAUGCUGCCGGCGCACUGAAUACUCGUUCUGCAAGCAGCCCUGUGCCAGGUUCAUCACAAUUCACCCAUCAGAAGUCUUCGCUAGAGCAUAUGUCCAGUGUACAGUAUCCUCCUAUACUGGUCACCAAUAGCCAUGGUGCUUCUGUUAACUAUACAGACCAGUAUCCCAAAUAUGAGUCUUUGGGAGACCAUGGCUAUUAUUCCAUGCUCAGUGAUUUCUCCAACUUGAGCAUAAGCAGUAUGCAUAACACAGACUACUAUGGGGUAGAUGCAGACCAAGGGUUGUAUGCUAGAAACUCAAGCCCCUGUCCUGACAGUCGUUUAAGCCAUACAAGUAAUGAUUCUUAUUCCUCUUACAAUGACUUGUAUCUGGGAGUAGCAGAUACCAGUCCAGAAGACAACAUGAAGGUCCAUAGGCUUUCAUCGCAAAAUCGUCUUCAGCCUUUUACCCAUGGUUACCACGAAGCCUUAACUAGAGUUCAGAGUUAUGGAACUGAAGAACCCAAACUACCACCUCGCAAACAGUCUGUUUCCCACUUGGGGCUACAUGUCCAGCAUCCAGUUGUUGGAGCACGGUCCAGUUGUCCAGGAGACUACCCUGUGCCUCAGAAUAUGCAUCCAUCAGCCACUGCACAGCCAAGCCGUGCCUUGGUUAUGACAAGAAUGGACAGUAUUUCUGACUCGCGGCUUUAUGAAAGUAACCCUACACGCCAGAGGCGACCGCCCCUCUGUCGAGAGCAGCAUGCUAGUUGGGAUCCAUUACCAUGUGCAACAGAUGCUUAUUCUUACCAGUCUUAUUCACUGAGUAAUAACCUUAUGCAACCAUGUUAUGAACCAGUAAUGGUAAGAAGCAUGCCUGAAAAGAUGGAACAACUAUGGAGGCAUCCUUGGGUUGGGGUGUGUGGUGAGCCACGGGAACAGCAUAUCAUCCCAGAACAUCAGUAUCAGACAUACAAGAAUCUCUGCAAUAUUUUCCCUGCAAACAUAGUUCUCUCAGUAAUGGAGAAAAAUCCUCACAUGACAGAUGCACAGCAGCUGGCAGCCAUGAUUGUUGCCAAACUGAGAACUGGGCGUUAAAGCAUUAAAAACCCUUGUGGGACCUAAGAAGAUAAUGUUGAACCUUCCAGGGACACGAUCUGGAGGAAAAUGUGAAUCGAGGCACUGGGUAAAUAAAUUGUAAAUAUUUUCUAAAUCUGUGAUAUACAAUUCUGUACAUUGUUGUACCAAUCAUUCAGUAUAUUCUAAGGCACCUAUAGAAGAGCAGAUUGUACUGUAAAUAUAAUGAAUAUUUUAGGAUUUUAAAUAUAGGGAUUUUUAAAAGUAUUUUACAGGAAGUGCAUACCUUAUUGCAUGGAUAUACUACUUAACUAAGAACUACAAUGUCACAUUUUUAGUGUCUCAAAGCUGUUCAUACAAAAUUAUUGUUAGCAAUUAUAUUGCAUGUAUGGAUGUAUAGUUUCAGUUUGAUAAAUAUAUAAUUGACCUUUCAAAAUAAGCUCUAUACAUUCCUGGAUCAUCUCUUAAGAUUUUGGCUGACCUUUGACACUGCAGUUCUUAGUGUCAAAUAAUUUUGAAAAAUGCUUGCCAGCAAUUUGAAUAAGCCACAAUUUGUAAAAAACAAAACAAAACAAAAAAACCCCAAAACCAACCAAACAAACAAAACCCCACCAAAAUUAAUUGAUCCCCUUACACAUCAACACCGUUAAUAUUUCUUAGCUUUUAGAUCUGGCUGAUGAGGUACUCAGUUCUACAAAGCUCUAAGCUCCAGCACCCCAAUGCAGGACUGAGCCCUAUUCAGUAAAUUAAAAACAAAUUAAAGUGUAGCUUCCCUCUUCAUGAUUACAGAUGAAUUGUAUUUUAAAUGACCAGCAUCCUGGAUGGCUAUAAAUAAAAGUGAAAUGUAUAUGGACUGCCAUUCUCCUUAUGAACUAUGCAUUACUUAACCUCAAGUGCAGGGGAAGGUAAUGGAUGGCAACGUGGGAAUGUGCUGUUUAGCAAAAACUACAACACGUUUUGUGGCCAGGGCUGGUACUGGGAAGGUUAAAAUAACACUCCAAAAAGACAGUUACAUUUUUCAAAGGGGAAGGAGGCCAAUUCUGAACAGGGAUGCUACGGUUUUGGCUUACUGUAACCUGGCCUAAUUUUGCACUUCAGAUCCACGCAAAGGUGUGCAUUUGCCUCUUGAAGGCUUUUAGAGCUCUUAUUUUGACAGGCAAGAAGAAAAAGUUUGUGUGGCAUUGUUUGCGCAACUAGUAUUUUGCUCAGGGGUGGGAACCUUUGUAGCUAAAUGUCUCCAGAAGAGGCGUUUAUUGGUUUUUUUAAGCUGCACUGACUGGACGCCCUUUUUGAAUCCAAUGUAUAUUUCAGCAUUUUGAACCAUUUCUAACUCGAUAUGUCUCGAGCUAGGACUUGUUGACUUCUACUGUAGUUUUUUUCAUGAAAGUUGAGAAGGCCUGGUUUAUGGCCUUUUGUUUCUUCAUGAGAAGGUGUGACACUGCCUAAAUGUUUCUUACUGUGAAACACACGGAACGUGAGGCUGCAGUCAGGGUUGUUUCUGGCGUUUUGAUAAUGGCUUGCAUGCUGCUUUUUGGUUAUUUGUUUGUCUGAGGAACAAAAUUAUAUCACUUCCUUCACUUGUGUUACUGUAGUAGUUGCAUCUUGUGUAUCUUGUGGGCUAUUUAUCAUGUGCAAAAUGUGUUCAUGUCAGACAAUAAAACGGUUACAGGUGCAAACAACAAAUGUACUAGUAUGUUUGAUAUUCACAUCAUUUCACACAUGAUAAAUAUACUAGUGUUCACACAGGUACCUCUCCGAUUACUUACAUAUUAAAUAAUGACCAUGUCAUUAUGUAUUUAAAUGAGUUCACUUGAAGAUUAUGUCGUCUUCAUAUCUAGAGUCUCCAUAUCUAGAGUGUUUAAAAAUAACUAAGUUUUAAUUAGUUACAUCAUUGCUGUUUAAAAAAAAUAAAACUAAUCUUCAGAAACAACGCAUAAUUUAAAAUAUUUUUAACUUUUGACCAACUUUCAGAGCAAUUUUUAUUAACCAGCAUUUUAUAUUUUUACUUUCCAAUUAGUUUGUAUUAUCUUCUCUUGUACGGGAAAAGCAGCUGAGAGCAAUGCCUCAAAUAACCAGAAAUGACCUUUUGUUUGUUGAUACAAAUUGUAUCUCUUUUUCUUGAUUGUAUAAAAAACUGUACAAAAACCAUCUCUAGAUUAACUUCAAUAUUACAUUUUCACCACAACGUUUGUGACACUGUGUGUCACAGGGAAGUAGCCCAUGGGUAAUUAUGGAUCUUUUUAUUUAAAAUGGGCACUUGUAGUUUAUAGACAAACAAGAACAACUUUUCAAAAACCACUUUAUUACAGCGUGCACAGAUAUUGUGUGUACACUUAAAAGCAUUAUAUUAUAUAAAGUUAUCUUUAGUCUAUUUAUUAAACAGAUGCAUUAUUGCAGUGGAAUUUUAUGUAAAAAUUGGUGUUAAUGAAUCAGCUGCAUGUGUUUAUAAAUAUAGCGAUAAUAUAAUUGCUGUAGAACCUGCUUUGUCCUUCACAGGUAAAUCAUAAACAUGAUUUAGGUUUAAAAGAGGCUUUUGUGCACUCACCUUUUCCAUCUUGCAUGGAAUUAAAUAUCUGUAUGUAGAAAAGUGUUCCUUUUUUCUCUAACUAUACAAACUCUUGCAAAGGGUUUGGUAGAUGUCUUUCAGUGUGUACUUUAUUUGUUACACUGAGCAGAGGUUACUGCAUGAGGUUUGGGAUGGUUGAUGGAGAUGCUCUAUUUCAUAGAAACUGUCCAGUCAUUCUGAUUCUUUUUCUGACUUUAUCAUCUUGACAGUAAAUUCAAUAGUCUUCAGGCCUUGACCCUUUAGAAAAGGGUGGGAGUAAUACCACAGUAAAUCCAACAUACCCUUUCUCUAAGGCACUCCUCUCAAGCCGAGUUUUUUCCAAGAUAAGUCAAGAACAUUUAUAGUGUUUGGCAGGACAGAAAGGACGACGAAGCCUUGCAGAAAUGGUCUGUUGAAUUUCUACUUAAACUUUUAAAAAAGUGGCUUUGUGUCUCUUGUUCAGCCAAUUUAACUCGGAUCAUUCUGCCAUCCAUGUCUCUGUUUUAAGAUAUCUUUACAAGUCAAUUCAAAAUACUGACAUUCAUUAACUUUCAGCACUUAAGCUUAGAUUUCUUCUAACAUAGAAGAGUUGAUCUUAAGAAACACAUGGUGAGCAUAAUUGUCUGUACUGUAAAUAUAAGACUUUGUAGAAAUGCUCUUUUUGAGAGCACACUAUUUAAAUAUUUUUAAAAGAUUAACAAAACAGUUCCAGAAUCUAUAUUUUAAUAAAACCCAUGAGACUAACAGAGUCCAAGAUAAGGAACUGCAGAAAAGAGGGGGGGAAUGAAAGCCUCACCUACCGAUGUCAGUGGAAGUUAACUCAUUGACACUGGUGGGGCCAGGACUUCAGCCCAGGGCCCCCAGUUUGCUGAUCUUUAUCUUCCUCAAUUAUUUUAUGUAAUCUGUCAUGGAAGAGCACAUAACCUUCAGUUGUAGGCAAGCGUUAUGAUUUGAAACAAACCAAAUGUAUUUCUGGGAUGUUAUCCUAAAUUAUUUAUGCUUCUGUAAAUAGCAUAUGUUGUAUUAGUUUGUGGAUAGAGGUUACUUGACUACUGUAAGUCCUGUUGUUGGUCUCUUGAGCUACAGUAGUUUGCUUUAUUCAUUUGUAGAAUUAAACGUUACUGUUUAAUUGUUGUAAAAUUUUAUAAAAUCUCUUUGGGUUUUUUGGUUGACCCAAAUAUAAUGUAAGUCUCAAUGACAAAAGAGUGACAAUGGAUGUUAAACCAGUAUGUGGUGUUUUGUAAAUCACUGUAAUAAGUGUGCAAUGCUCUACCUGAUGCUGCAUGUAAUGCAUUCACUAGCAUGGGUGUAUGUGCUUAGCUUUUUGUAAAAUUGUUUAAUUUAACUGUUUUUAAAACAGAAGGUCUCUGCAAGAGGUCAGAAGAACAAACUAAAGCAAACUCAUUAAAAUCACCAAAGUUUCUCUAAUGUUUUUUAAAGCCAGUUUGCCUCUGAAAAUGUGAACCUUUGCCUUUUUGGAGUUCUUCAGUGAUUAAAAAUCCAAAUAGUCACAGCGUAAAAGAAACUGCCUACAGGAGCCUAUUCUUAGAACGUUACUAAAAUGGAAUAAACAGGCACGGAGCAGAUGGUAACACUUGUGCUGGUGUCUCCCUCUUGCUGCCAUAACACACUGUCAUGACAGGCUGUGACUUGCUUCUUACCUUACAAUAUCUGGAUAAACAGGAGUAGAUCAGUAAAGCACUUCUCACAGGCACCACAGUGGUUUUAGUGAGAAUCUUGUUCUCCAGAAUUCAAGUUGUGUGUCGACGUCCCCCGCCCCGCCCCAUUUUGAUAUGCCAAAAUGACUACCUGAAGUGUGAGUGCUGCAGCCUUACUGCCUGUUCUCAUUUUUCAGAACAUUAUGUGUCUCACCUUUUGCGCUUGAAACUUUCACCACGUGACAACAUCUCUUGUAUAGGGCUUCUUCUUGUCAAGACUGGUGUGUGUAUGCCUGUGUUCAUACAAAGCCCCACAAUACUUCAAGCCAAAAGAACGUUAAGCGCUCUAUCAGUCGCUUAGACAUCACACUAAGCUCUCCCUCCUGAUUUAGUUAGCCUCAAAGGAAGUAGGCUUAUAACCUGUAACUGAGCCCUGUCGUAUUGCAUUGGGUACAAAGAUAACCCAGGGGUAGGAAAGGGGAAGCCCCAUGCUGCUGUUGAUGUACUUAAAGGCAUUAAUGGUAUUCAAAGGAACAUGUGAAAAAUUAUUAUAGGGUUUUUUUUAUAAUGACCUGUUCUCCUUUCCCCCAGUUAUGUAUAACAGGUUUGCACAGGUGUUUGUAUGUUCUGGACAUUUAAUGUUAUGCUUUAAAUAUGGAUGUACUCAAUAAAGUCAUGAAGUUUCA